AUGCCGAAAAAUAAAAAGCGCAAGAGGUCCAUGCCUGAUGAUGCUAAACAUCAUUUGAAAGCAUCUAUGAAAGGAUCAUGGUAUAAUCAAGAAGACAAACAGGAUCAGCGAGGUACCAGUGUGUCAUCCAGAAAAAUUCAAACUGAAACUGAAUAUUUACAAGAGGAAAACAGAGGCAACAUCAUUAUGGACUUAGACAUUUUGAACUCUCAAAUAGGUGAGCAUACAUGCUGUUCAAAAUGUUAUGGGAAAAUGAACCUUUCCGUAAUUCCAAGCAAGCAAAAUGGACUGUGUUCAAGUCUUUUACUGAAGUGUCAAAAUGUUCAGUGUAACCACACCUCUGAGUUUUUCACUUCAAAACUGUGCACAAGCAGUUCCCAUUCGUUUGAAGUGAAUAGAAGUGUCGUUCUUGGGAUGCGGUUAAUUGGCAAGGGAAGAAAUGCUGCAUCAAAAUUUUGUGCAGCCAUGAACUUACCACAACCAGUGUCAGCAACACCAUACAGUGACCACACAAGACACAUCACAGAAAAAACAAAAAUUGUACUUCUGCAGGAAUUACUGAAUGCAGGAAAACGAGGUCAUACACUAAAGGAAAGUGAGGAUGAGAACUUGUGCCCUGAAAGUGUAGUUGACUGUGGAGUGACAAUUGAUGGAUCAUGGUUAAAUCGUGGACUAUCAUCACGUCACGGAUUUGUAACUGUAAUAUCAAUUGAUACAGGAGAAGUCUUGGAUGUGCAUUACAUGUGUUCUGUGUGUCCUGAGUGCUCAAAAUGGGAGGAUAAGACAUCUCCCGAGUACCUUGAGUGGUUUCUAAGCCAUGAAUCUGAAUGCAUGUUAAACCAUGAUGGGAGUGCACAGAGCAUGGAAACAGAAGGUGCCUCCAUUCUGUUCAACAGGUCAGUCCAGAAAUACAAUAUGAGGUACAAUCCUUUUAUAGGGGAUGGGGACAGUAAAGCCUUCCUACGGGUACUGAGGGACAAACCCUAUGGGGACAUAGAGAUCCAGAAGGAGGAAUGUGUGGGCCACAUUCAAAAGCGAAUGGGGACCCGACUAAGGAACUUGAUUACCAAGUACAAAGGUAACUUUUCAGUUAAUCAAGCAAUGGGGCUUCUGGUCAAGAGUGGGAGACCUAACGGAUCACUGAUGACCAUAAAAUAG